UGCCGCGCCCCCGGCCGUGCUCCGCUCUGCCCCCCCCCCCCGCCCGGCUCCCCAGCCAUCGCCCGCUCCCAGCCAUGGCCCGGCUGCCCCUCCCGUCGCUGCUCUGGCUGGCCGCCCUCAGCCUCAGCCUCCUGGCCGCCGAGCUCAAAUCCAAAAGUUGCCUGGAAGUGCUUCAGGUCUACGUCUCCAAGGGCUUCAACAAAAACGAUGCGCCCAGUAACGAGAUCAACGGCGAUCAUCUGAAAAUCUGUGCUCAAGGUUAUACAUGCUGCUCUCAAGAAAUGGAAGAAAAGUAUCGACAGCAGAGCAAAGAGGAUUUCCGUAGUGCUGUUGGGGAGCAUUGCAACGCUCUUCAGAACAUGUUCGCUUCCCGGUACAAGAAAUUUGAUGAAUUCUUCAAAGAGCUACUUGAAAACGCUGAGAAAUCCUUGAAUGACAUGUUUGUGCGAACCUACGGUCGCUUGUACAUGCAGAAUUCUGAGCUCUUUAAAGAUCUCUUCGUGGAAUUGAAGCGGUACUACGUCGGGGGCAAUGUGAACCUGGAAGAAAUGCUCAACGACUUCUGGGCCCGCCUUCUGGAGCGCAUGUUUCGCCUUGUGAAUCCCCAGCACCAUUUUACAGAUGAGUACUUAGAGUGUGUGAGCAAGUACACAGAACAGCUGAAGCCCUUUGGGGACGUGCCACGGAAACUCAAGUUACAGGUGACCCGGGCCUUUGUCGCCGCCCGAACAUUUGCCCAAGGUCUGGCCGUCGCAAGAGACGUGAUCAACAAAGUGUCUGUGGUCAAUCCCACACCUUCCUGUUCACAUGCCCUCCUGAAAAUGACCUACUGUUCCCACUGCCGUGGCCUGGUGACCGUGAAGCCUUGCUCUAACUACUGUUCCAACGUCAUGAGAGGCUGUUUGGCCAACCAAGGAGAUCUGGAUUCGGAGUGGAACAAUUUCAUAGAUGCUAUGCUGAUGGUAGCAGAGAGACUCGAGGGGCCCUUUAACAUCGAGUCGGUCAUGGAUCCCAUUGAUGUGAAGAUAUCCGAUGCAAUUAUGAACAUGCAGGAAAAUAGCGUGCAGGUGUCUCAGAAGGUCUUCCAAGGCUGUGGACUUCCCAAGGCCCUCCCAGCAGGCCGAGCCUCUCGUUCCGUUCCCGAGAGCGGCUUCAGCGCCCGGUUUCGGCCAUACAAUCCAGAGGAACGACCAACGACGGCUGCCGGCACGAGCCUGGACAGACUGGUUACAGAUGUGAAGGAGAAGUUAAAGCAGGCCAAAAAAUUCUGGUCUUCCCUCCCGAGCACCAUGUGUAAUGAUGAGAAGAUGGCACCCGAGCAUAUCAGUGAGGACGAGUGCUGGAAUGGAAAUGCAAAGAGCAGGUAUCUCUUAGCAGUGACUGGAAACGGAUUAGCCAAUCAGGGAAAUAAUCCCGAGGUUGAAGUCGACAUCACCAAGCCAGACAUGGUGAUCCGCCGCCAAAUCAUGUCCCUCCAGAUAAUGACCAGCAAAAUGAAGAACGCCUACAACGGCAAUGACGUGGACUUCAUCGAUAUCAGUGAUGAAAGCAGUGGGGAAGGCAGUGGUAGCGGCUGUGAAUAUCAGCAUUGCCCUUCAGAGUUUGAGUUCAACGUGACCGACAGUGUGGGGAAAACGGUGGUUCAUGGUAAAAAUGCGGGCGAAAAGUCGGCCGCCAGUACCGUUUGCUGGUCUCGUGCUGCCCAGGCCCUUUGCCUCUUGUUCUUGGCUGUGCAAAGACAAUGGAGAUAAUUCAACCACUUUGAACAACAGACUUUCACUACCCAUGCUAAAAGGCACGCCAGUUUUCACUUUUUAUGCCAUCCUAGUGACUUGGCUUUAUAAAUUAAUGGACAACUGUGUACAGUUUUUACUUUUAUGGCCAUUGGUUUAAUUAAAAUGGCAACCUGGUUUUUUUUUUUUUCAAUUCACUGUUUUGGGUGGGUCAGAGGAAGACUUAGAGUCCGUCCUGCCCACCCUAGAAGCAUUGUUCAACGUGGCUGACAAAGUGUAUAUACCAAGCUGUAGCUAGCUGUGCGUUUGUUUGAAUCACUCUAUUGGUUUUUUGUUUUGUUUGCGGGGUCAUUUGCUUCUUUUUUUUUCUUCCCUUUCUUUCCAUUUAAGAUCUCACUGCAUUUCUGAAAAGAAAACCGGGGUCCCCCCUCGGCCCGAGAGGAGCCUACCUUUCGGAAAUCCGCAUCUGCGGGACGGGGCCAGGUUUUCCUUAGCAUAUUCAGAAUGAAACGAAACAAAACAAAAAACACCCGGCCAGCAGAAAGAUGUUUUACACAGCAACAUUUCCAUUUAGCCACAUUAUGGUAGUUGCUUUAUCUGGAGAGAAGUGGAAGGUAAUUUGUUUUCUAUUAUACAGUAGAGCCAAAUGUGAAGGCAUAAUUGGCUAGGGAGCCAUAUGCCCGAUUGUAUAAAGCAUUAAUGCCAGGAACAGGUUAUAUAGACUUCAUUUAUAGCUGGUUAUUGGAAGAGGCUGCUGAGUCCAGUUUUGCAUAAGCUAAGAUCUGUGGGCCAUUCCCUGAAAUCUCUUGUAAUUAAAGUGAAACUCAAGUGAGUUUUCCCAUUCGAUCUCAAUUCAAUUCAACAAGCAUUUACUAAGCAUCUAUCAUGCACCUAAUGCCCGUGCUAGACACUGGGGAUACCUGGCCAAAGUGCACCGGCCCUUGCCCUCAAGGAGUUUACAGUCAAUUGUGGGCUUUACGAGGGGAAAAUGGCUGCAUGGAUAAGUAAAUAAACUAAUUUUCAGAAGAGGGUGCUAGCCAAGUGGAAGGAUUGAGAUAGUUCUCCCUUCUAAAGCUUAAGGCAUUCAGUAUGUCUCAACCUCAUUUUUUUUUUAUUUUUUAAACACCAACUUGGACAAGUAGCAACAGUCACAUGGCCUUGUAGGACUCCUGGCCCUGUCCUUAUCGGGAGGGGAUGAAUUUGAAAUGGUUAGUAUUAGAGUAGGGAUGGCCUUGACACAGGCUCAUUCUCUUCCCCCAUCCCCUUCUGGACCAAGGUCACGGAUUUUAUAUUUGGCUAGCAGUGAUAAGGGGGACCUCCUUAAUCCAGUACUGGAGGAGGAGGAAGAAAGACAAAGCUAUCUCUGAUCCAAGGUAACGAUUGAGCCCACAACCUCGGCCUUGAAGCAGCAUGGAUUGUGGGCCUAAGUCAGCAUUCGUUUGCAAAUGCUUGUAUGAAUUUAAUUGAGAGCUCUUCAGUCUCAGAGAUUGUAAGGCGGCUUAAUCGAGGGUUUCCCCCCUCUCUCUGCCGCCCUGGUCCUCUGUUUAAUAAGCCAGUGGUACGGUACAGCAGCCGUGUUGCAGCCAACAAAUCUGAAACCAUUUUAGCACGACCUUAGUGCCCAGUUCUGGAGAACUAGGUAGAGCCGAUAGACCACACCUCACAGGUGAUCUGCAGUGCUUAGGGCACCUUGGGAAAGGCUCUUCUUUCUCUCGGCCUGUCAAUAGAAUAACCACAGCCUCAACUCCAGAAGAACCCUUUCUUCUUAUCCCCAGAUCGGAGUGAAGGCCGAGUGGCAACUCGUAAGAAUAUGAAAGAUGUAAUAGAUCGCCUUCAUAGUAGUUAGCAAGUUCUCAGAAAAACUAAAAGUGAUCUGCAAGUCUCUUCCAGUUUUCAACACCCAUUAGGAACCUAACCAAUGAUAGAGAAUCUAGAAACUAGAAAGAGGUUUGUUGGUCAUUGUGCAUACCUUUGGUCAUGUGAGAAUAAUUCUCUAUUUUUAUAUUGAAGCAUAAUUACUUGAUAGCUCAGGGUCAACAUUUCAUUCACCGUUUUACACUAAAUGUCUGCAAAAUGGGGAAAAUGGAAUAUUUGGGGCUGUUGUAAACAGAGGCUUAAUUUUAUUAGAUGUAGCCAGUUAUUUAUUAAAGCAUGAUGUUAAUAAAAAUAGGCAUAUUCCA